GUGGAGCUGUUCCUAAGGGCACAGCUGCAGCAGUGGCCAGAGUGGAGGCAGGGCCCUGGGCAGUACUGCCUCCCAGAUCCUUCCUUCAAGCUUCCCAGGGGUAAGGGACAUGCAGCCCAAGGGUCUUUGCUUGGCCUGACCCCAUCAAGGGGACUCUCUGUCCCCAGUAACAGCAGAGAUGGCAGGUUUAUCAAGCUUCUCUCUACCCAACUGUGUCCUCACCUUUCUCUUCCUUCAGCUGUCUUCCAGUUAUGCAGGACAGUUCAGAGUGAUAGGUCCAGGGCACCCCAUCCGGGCUCUGGUCGGGGAUGAAGCGGAGCUGCCAUGUCGAAUAUCUCCUGGGAAGAAUGCUACAGGCAUGGAAGUGGGGUGGUACCGCCCCCCCUUCUCUAGGGUGGUCCAUCUCUACAGAAAUGGCAAGGACCAAGAUGCUGAGCAGGCACCUGAAUAUCGGGGCCGGACAGAGCUGCUGAAAGAGUCUAUUGGUGAAGGAAAGGUGACUCUCAGGAUUCGGAAUGUAAGGUUCUCAGAUGAAGGAGGUUUCACCUGUUUCUUCCGAGAUCACUCUUACCAAGAAGAGGCAGCAAUGGAAUUGAAAGUGGAAGAUCCCUUCUACUGGAUCAACCCUGAAGUUCUGGUCCUCAUUGCUGUGCUGCCUGUGCUCCUUCUGCAGAUCACCGUGGGCCUUGUCUUCCUCUGCCUGCAACACAGAUUGAGAGGAAAACUUCGAGCAGAAAUAGAGAAUCUUCACCGGACCUUCGAUCCCCACUUUCUGAGGGUGCCCUGCUGGAAGAUAACCCUGUUUGUAAUCGUACCAGUUCUUGGACCCCUGGUUGCCUUGAUCAUCUGCUACAACUGGUUGCAUCGAAGACUGGCAGGGCAAUUUCUUGAGGAACUAAGUAAGUUCUCUUCUCUUUCUUAUAAACUGAGAACAAAAAGCCAGGAAAGGGAAACUGAAGCUACAAAGAAGGGGUUACUGAAGACGCCCAAUCCCAGGACAGGAGGGGCUGGAAAGUAUGGUGGAGGAGGACUCACCCUAUGAGGGAGAGGGAAGAAGGCAGUUGUCAGAUUCAAGUUUACAGGUGGCACAGAGGGAAGCUGGGCUGCUCCCAUCUACUGUCUCAUCUGCUCUACCCGCAGUGCCCUCCAGUAGGAAUCUCCCCUCCCAUUCUCAACAGCAGCUGCCCAGUGCUUCACCUCCAAGACCAACUACCAAGGCAGCCACAGAAAUAAGAUGACCUCAGGGGUCUUUUCAUUUCCCAGAUUCAGGGGUUUCAUGAUAGAAACUUCUGACAUUGAUUUUUCAAGUUAUUUUCUCCUUCUUCUAGGAAAUCCCUUCUGAGUGCUGUGGCAUUUUGACGAGGUUGGAGGCGAGCCUGGUGGGUCCAGAGACUGAUCCUUGGGGAUGUCUCAUCCAUCAAGUUGCACGCUCACUGGCCACUUCUAGGAACAUUCUGAAUUCAAAAUAGAACUGAUUUCCCUUCUGUCAUCUACCUUUUUUCUUCCUUUCCUCAGCUCCUUCCCUCCUUUGCCAUUUUUUUGCUUCCCAUGUUUCUCCUCCUCUCCAUCUUUCACUAGGAAGCCCUCUCUGGCUAAAGCCAGGUGGGUCUCUUCUUCAUCAGAGGACACCUGUGCUGGAGAGUAACACAGACAGGAGGAGUUCUCCCACAAACAAGACCAAGAUCCUCCUCACUGCCAAUUACAGAACAUCCAAUUUGCAAAUGGUGGUUGUUUCUUCCAAGACUGAGCCCUUAUUGAGCAGAGUGAGAGGGUAGAAGGGAAGGAAUAGGAAGAGCCCAAAAUAUCAAAGAGGGAGCUGAAUGAGUUGCAGAGUGAGGAUGUAGGGAGCCCUAACCAAGACCUGGAAGUGGGGAGAGAACAUAGAAUACCGGCCAGAGCUCCGUCUCGUCUAUGCAGCCUAUGGAGGGCCACAGGAAGCAAUGCAUGGGAACUGAGCAGCACAUCCACUUUUAGAAUGGUUUCCCUUCUACUUCCACAACUUCUCUGCAUCCCUCGAACUUUCUCUCCUCUAAUCCCUUUCUCCCAUCUUCAUACCUAUCACAGUAGACAUUGUUUUAGUCAACAAAUACUACUUGAUGAUCUAUCAGACACAAAGAAACAAGUUAGGUGCUAAUUAAUAAUAAUGAGUUUCUAUAUGCACACAUCCUUUCCCUUUUCUUUGUUUAUUUUAUUCUUCAUCCAUUCACCUCUCUCCCUCUACUCAAGCCUCCUGACCCUGGAGGUCAGUCCUCAGGAAAACCAAACACAAAGACCUCUGUUGCAAAGGUCAUUUAUUUAUGUUUUGAGAUCCUCACUGCCUCCUUCGCCUUGUCUCCUUUGCAUGCCUUCUCCCAUAUUGCAUCUCUCCUGGGGAUAUGGAUUCCUGAAGAUCUAUUUCCUCCAUGUCUCUAAUCCUUCCCAGUCGCGGGGAAUCAUGAAAGCAGCCAAGGCUCUGGCCCAGGAUUACCCAGCAUAUAUGGGGACUGCCUAGGUACUGUUCCUUGCCUUUAUAGCUCCUCCAGUGAUUCAGAAGGUCCUCUUUCUCCCCAAAGCAGAGGUCACAGAUGGGGCAUCGGUAGAUCUUUUGUUUCCAGUGAGUCUGCUGGUGCUUGGAGAGCCAGAAGGAUGAGCUGAAGGACUUGCCACAAUAGAAGCAGCAGGUAGGCUGCUCUGUGAGGUGAACCUUCUGGUGACUGGAGAGAGAGGCUUUGUUGGUAAAAGUCAAGGGACAAUGUGGGCAAGAGAAGACCUUGAAUCUUGAGGGUUGCACUGUAAUAGAGUUGGAUCUGGUAUUCUGGUAGGAGGAUCUACUGUCUGGUGCUUGUGUCCUGGUCACAGAAUUCUUAGUUUUAAAUCUGGGUUCCUGGAUCCUAGCCACUGGUGCCUGGUUCACAAGUCCCUGGAUGGACUUCUGUCUCGUGACAAUGGGCUCCCGCAAUCCAGCUGUGGUGCCUGGAAUCCUCACAACAUGCUUCUGGUUUCCAGCCACUGGCUCCUGGUUUUUGUGUAUCUUCUGAUGGCGUUUGAGCUCAGAUCUGUCCCGGAAGCACUUCCCACAAACGGGGCACGAAUGAGGCCGGUAAUUCAAAUGAACACGGCGGUGCCGACUCAGUCCAGAAGCAUCACAGUAGGUCUUAUCACAGAGUAAGCAACGGAAGGGCCUCUCUCCAUGAUGUCUGCGCCUGUGGUGGCUGAGGGCCUUGCGGCUCCAGAACAACUUUCCACACCGGUUACAGAUGUUAGUCUGCUUAGGGUUGUGAACAAACUGAUGACUGGAGAGAUGGCUGUGGAGGUAGGAGCUCUUUCUGAAACACCUGCCACAGGUGUUGCAGAGAAAGGGUGGUCCAGGUUGGGAUGUUCGGAACAUUGAGAUCCUGCCAGAAGGUGGUCUCUGGCUUGUCCCUCUGUGAAGAAGGGAGACUUUCUUGUCAUCACUAGCCCCCUCAUUUCUUAGAUUCUGACCUGGCUCUUGAAGUUCUUCUUUCUUGUCUCCUGUAGCAAAUGAGGAAGUAUCAAAGACACAAGAUUCACAAGGCGAAGGCCAGUACAACCUCUCCCUCCAGAGUGAACCACUUCCCCUUCUGCCAUCACUUUCCCACCUGCACAUUUACCCCCACCCUUAAACUUCAUAGGAUGGAGACAAGAAUAACUUUAGGCUUUUCAAAUUAUAAGCAAAUAGGGCUGGGGCUGGGGCUCAGUGGCAGAGCGCUUGCCUAGCAUGUGUGAGGCACUGAGUUCAAUCCUUAGUACCGCAUAAAAAACUAAACAAAUAAAGGCAUGCUGUCCAUCCACAACUAUAAAAAAAAUUAUAAGCAAAUAAAAAUUUAACUGGAAUCUUCCAACAAUGUCAGAGAUCUAUAUUUUAACUUAUGGCCACAUUUCUUGAAAUUUAUUUUCUCAUUCCAAUAUUGUCCACACUCCCACAGACACUUACUCCACAGAUAUCCACAAAUAUCCACACAAUGUAUAGUAAUCUACCAUAUUUGUGACUUCAAAUUUCAUGGUUUCAGUUAUCCACAAUCAGCCACAGUCCAAAAAUACUACAUGGAAAAUUCCAGAAUUUGAGAGAGAAAAAAGACCAUAUUCACAGAACUUUUUUUAUAAGUGUUCUAUUUUACUAUUAUUGUUUAAUGCCUUACUGUUCCUAAUUUAUAAAUUAAAUUCAGCUGGGCAAGGACUGGGAAUGUAGCUCAGCAGUAAAGUGUCCCUGGUACCAUUACUGAAAAUUGAACCCAGAGAUGCUCUGUCACUGAGCCACAUCUCCAGCCCUUUUUAUUUUUUUAUCUGGAGACAGGGUCUUGCUAAAUUGCCCAGGCUGGGCUCAAACUUGCAAUCCUUCUGUCUUAACCUCCUAAGUUGGUGGGAUUACAAGCUAAUUCCACUGUGCCUGGUAUCCACAGGGGGUUUUGGAAGACUUUCCUGUGGAUAAGGGAGCACUCUACCCCUAGCCCAAGGAGGACUACUAUAUCAUGCAAAUUGGAACAUUUGAGAAUAAAGAUAUGUUAUUACUAAUUAAACUGGAAACCAGGCAUGGUUGCUUAGGCCUGUAAUCUCAGUUACUUUGGAAGCUGAGGCAGAAGAAUGGGAAGUUAGAGGCCAGUUUCAGCAACUUAGGGAGACCCAAAUAAAAAACAAAAAGGACUGGAGUUGUAGUUCAGUGGUAGAGAGCCCCCUGGGUUCAGUCCCUAGUGCUGCUUAAUUAAUCAAUUAAUUAAUUAAUUAAGUGUAAUAGGAAUAAAAAGGGAUAGGGAUAUAGCUCAGUGGUGGAGGUUUGCCUAGCAUGCAAGGAGCCCAGAGUUCAAUCCCCAAUACCUCCAAAAGAAAAAAAAAAUCUAUCAAGUUGGCAUGAGAAGGACAGUUCUAGCAAACUGGGAGAUGUAAUCAGUCUGGCUUGAUAUCUUCUUAACUCCUUAUUCUACUCCCAGGAAUAAGUCUUCCCUUCUACAAUGCACCCUCAACUUUUCUCUCCUGCUUCUCUUUUCUUUUGGAAAGAAAUUUUCAUCAUAGGGGUAUUAGCUGACAAAGCUACUCAGAUAAGACAUUAUUUGUCCUGAAAGGCUUAGACAUUCUUCACCAAGUCAAGGAUUCAGCCUUUCAUCUCCAGGUCUCUUUUAGCUCCAAGUCUAACCAGGCUGGAAAAAUGGAUGAUAUACAGAGAACCUUGAUUCUCUCAGUGAGCUCUCCACCUUUCCAGGGAUUGCCCUGGGCCCUUUUGAUUUUGUCUCCUUUGCAACUCUUACCUGAAGGGAGGCCUUCUCUGUUUGGCUGAUGGAGAUCUGCCCUCUUCUGUCUCUCUUCUUGCUCAAGCUUGGUGACCACAUCUGAUUUAGGCAGAAAUAUUCCUCCUGGUAAGUGGGAAUGAAAGAAAGAGUAAAGCUGGGCCCAGGCUUGGACCCUUCACAUCUGGUCAACAGGUUACUUUUUGUAUGCUUGUUUUAAGAACCUUAAUCUGGAGGGCUCUGCACUUGAUGAACAGAAUGUGACAGAAUUUAUGAUGUGCCAACUUGCAAGCUCAGGCCUUAGUAAAUCGGUAGCUACCACAUCCUGUCCUUUGAAACAUCCUCUCAGCCAGGCACCAUGGCUCACACCUGUGAUUCCAGAGACUCAGCAGUCUGAGGCAGGAAGAUUGCAAGUUCAAAGCUAGCCUUAGCAAUUUAGUGAGGCCCUCAGCAACUUUGCAAGACCCUGUCUCAAAAUAAAAAAUAAAAAGGGCUGAAGGUGUGACUCAGUGGUAAAGCACCCAUGGAUUAAAUCCCCAGAACAACAACAACCAAAAAAAAAAAAAAAAACCCUCUUGCAACCCAUC